CCCCGCCUUUUUAGUACUACCUAGCUUAUCCUGCAAAUAUAUCCAUACCUGCAAAUUCAAAAACCAUGUCUGCAUUCGUAGGCAAGUACGCUGAGGAACUGAUCAAGAACGCCAAGUACAUAGCGACUCCGGGAAAGGGAAUAUUGGCCGCAGACGAGAGCACAGGGACCAUCGGAAAACGCCUCUCGAGUAUAAACGUGGAGAACAUCGAAUCCAACCGCCAGGCACUCCGUGAGCUUCUCUUCACCUCCCCCUCCGCCCUCCCCUUACUCUCCGGCGUCAUCCUCUUCGAGGAAACCCUCUACCAGAAGACCACCGACGGGAAACCCUUCGUCGAUGUCCUUCUCGACAACGGCGUCCUACCAGGCAUCAAGGUAGACAAGGGCACCGUCGACCUCGCCGGCACCAACGGCGAGACCACCACCCAGGGCUUGGACUCCCUCGGCUCCCGCUGCAGCCAGUACUACAAGGCCGGCGCCAGGUUCGCCAAGUGGCGCGCCGUUCUCAAGAUCGGUGCCACCGAGCCGUCCGAGCUGAGUAUCCAGCAGAACGCACAGGGCUUGGCGCGUUACGCGAUCAUCUGCCAGGAGAACGGGCUCGUCCCCAUCGUUGAGCCGGAGAUCCUCACCGACGGGAGCCACGACAUCAAGCAAUGCGCCGCCGCCACCGAGACGGUGCUUGCGGCGGUUUACAAGGCCCUCAACGAGCAACACGUGCUCCUCGAAGGGACUCUCCUGAAACCUAACAUGGUCACUCCCGGUUCCGACAGUCCCAAGGUGAGUCCGGAGGAGAUAGCGGAGUACACGGUGGCGGCGCUGCGGAGGACAGUGCCGCCGGCGGUGCCGGGAAUAGUGUUUUUAUCCGGGGGGCAGAGCGAGGAGGAGGCGACGGUGAAUCUGAAUGCGAUGAACAAGUUGGAAGUGGUGAAGCCGUGGACGCUGUCGUUUUCGUUCGGGAGGGCGCUGCAGCAGAGCACGCUGAAGACAUGGGCGGGGAAGAAGGAGAAUGUGGAGAUAGCGCAGGCGGCGUUCUUGGCUAGGUGCAAGGCUAACUCCGAGGCUACCCUCGGCAAGUACGGCGGCGGAAGCGGAAGCGGCGGCGAUGGUCUGGCCUCUCAGAGUUUGUACGAGAAAGGAUACAAGUACUAAUUGUGAAAAUAUGCAACUUCUUUUUUCUUCAACUAAAUUAUCAAGUCUUGUAUUUUUGUUUUGCCAAAGUUCUACUCCCUCCCUUCUUUUUGAAUUCUUUACAAUUUUUUUUUAUUCU